UGGCACUCCCUCCCUCAGAAUAAUAAAAUUCUUCCUGUCCACAGCUCCGGGACCUCUCUUUCUCCGCAGCCCUCGCGUAGCGCUUCCCUGGCUGGGAAUACCAAAGGAGAUCAUUUGGGACUGCAACAAGACAGGACUAGAACGACUUCAGGAGCCCACCAAGUCACCAAAGCGGCCUAUGAGAUUUGGAAACUAUGUUUGCAAAUGGAAAAGAGCAUAAAUACCCCAACAACCCAGGGACCAGGAAGAGGAUAGACUCUGCCAAGGGUGCUGGAGAAGUGGCAUACAAUGAAAAAUCAGAUACUCAUACUCCUAAAGACAACUUUAACUGGAAAAUUCGCAUUGACUACAGUGACUUGAAGAUUUUUAAAAAUAAUGAAAGUUUGCUGUGUGAAGUCCUCCAGAAUAAAUUUAACUGUCUCUCUACCCUGGUCUCCCCAGUGCAGGAAGGGAGUAGCAAGUCUCAGCAAGUGUUCAGAAAAAUGCUGACUCCUAAGCUACAGUUAACUGUCUGGAAGGAUGACCUUACCAGACAUGCUGUUGAUGUAGUAGUGAAUGCAGCCAAUGAAGACCUUGAGCAUGCAGGAGGCCUGGCUCUGGCCCUGGUGAAAGCUGGUGGCAUUGAAAUCCAAGAGGAAAGCCGAAGAUUUAUUUCCCAAAAUGGAAGAGUAAUAGCUGGUAACAUAGCUCUCACAAAAGCAGGGAAACUUCCCUGCAAAAGCAUUAUCCAUGCUGUUGGACCUUGUUGGACAGAAAGUGAUAGACAGACAUGCAUAAAUUUAUUGUACACAGUCACUAAAAAUAUUUUGCUUUAUGCCACUAACUCCCACAUUGAGUCAAUAGCAAUUCCAGCUGUGAGUUCUGGAGUUUUCCGUUUCCCUCUUAAUUUGUGUACAGAUAUUAUCGUGGGUACUAUCCGUACGCAUUUCCAACAGUAUUCACAGACUAGUAAUUUGAAAGAAAUUCACCUGGUUAGCAACGAGGACCCUACCGUCAAUGCCUUUAAAACUUCUUCAGAAGCCAUCCUAGGGAAGAAUGAGCUAGAGCCCUGCGUGAGACAAGAAGAAAUGAUUGUGGGAGGUCUAACUCUUCAGAUUGUCCAGGGCUGCAUUGAAAUGCAGCAGACAGAUGUAAUAGUUAAUUCUAUAUAUUCAUGUGCUGAUCUUCAAGCUGGACCUUUAUCAAAAUCGAUUCUAAGUGCAGCUGGAAAUGAAAUGGAAUUGGAAUUAAGUUACGAAAUGACUAAAGCAUCUCACGACUCAGUGUUGGUCACGAAAGGAUUUAACAUGUCUUGUCAAUAUGUAUUCCAUGUAUUAUGGUCAUUUUCACAGUAUUAUGACAGAACUCAGAUAUUAUUAGAUGCAAUGAAGAACUGUUUGCAAAAAUGUGAUACAGAAAAUGUGACUUCCAUUUCCUUUCCUGCCCUUGGGACUGGUAGCAUUGGUCUAAACAAGUCACUAGCGGCAAAUAUUAUGUUUGAUGCAGUGCUCAACUUUACCAAGCAUUUGAGUAAGCCAUUAACCGUAAAGUUUGUGAUUUUCACGGAUGACUUGGAGACAUAUAAGGUUUUCUGGGAUGAAAUGGCAAGGCGUAAGUCCAUGUUGCAGACUCUCAACAAUUACAAUGUCUCUCAGUGGACAGGAGAGAAGAGAGAAAAUGAACUUACAGCUACAUUCCCUGCAAUCAAUCUGAUGGGCUGCAAUUUAGAAAAGAUGAAUGAAGCCCAAGCAUGGAUCCAAAGGAUGCUGUCCUUCCAGAACGACCACGUCAUUGAGAAUAAUUAUAUCCUCUACCUUGGGAAAAAGGAACAUAGAUUUUUGUCUCAGCUCCAGAAAACCCUAGGUAUCUCUAUCACAGAGAUUAUCUAUCCUGGAAAUACAAAAUUGGAGAUUAAAGGAGCCAAGGCUGACCUCACUGAAGUUGUAAUAAAGAUUGAAAACAUGCUAUGUGAAGUUCAAGCAGAAAUGACAAGAAAAAAGGAGCAAGACCUUUGGAAUAUAAUAGGACAAAGGACUAAUCAACAAUCAAAAUACCAGGAUGGCAUGGAAGAAAAUAAAUUUUUGAAAUGUCUGAGCUGUGAAACUCAGGAAAUUCGUGAUCGAAAGAAAGAAUUUGAAAAGUGUGGUUUGAGUGUUGUGAAGGUGGAGAAAAUACAAAACGAUGUUCUCGAGAAUGUCUUUUUAAAGAAGAAGCUGGACAUUGAAAAGAGAAUGAAUGGGAAACCUGUGAGCCACAGGUUGUUUCAGCGAGUCCCAUACCAGUACUGCAAAAUGAUCUGCAGAGUUGGCUUUCAGAGACUGUGUUCAGUGCCCUGUGAACCAAAAUUUGGAGAUGGCAUAUACUUCAUGAAGGAUCUUAAAGGCCUAGCAUCCCAGAUAAAGGCAACACCUGCGACAGAUAAGUUCAUCUAUGUAUUUGAGGCUGAAGUACUCACAGGCUCCAUAUGCCAGGGUCAGCAGUCAAUUAUCUCUCCUCCAUCCUUGAUUCCUGGAUCCAUAGAAAGCCAUGACAGUGUGGUUGACAAUGUCUCCAAACCUGAAAUCUUUGUUAUUUUUAGUGGUAUGCAGGCUAAGCCCCGUUAUUUGUGGACUUGCACUCAGAGUCCUGUAAAAUCACAAGUCACUGCGUACUCUCCAUGGCCUUGGUCAAAUUUUUCAGGUGGUAGUUCAGUUGAUUAAUAACCUCCAUUAUUAUUAUAAUACCCAGCAUUGCCUUGCUUUGGAAGAAUUAACCAAAUAAUUGUCACCAGUGACACAAAAAGUGAUUUGAAUAUGUCAAAUUGGUUGUCUAUACAGACUUGAUUAUUGAAAGAACUAGCUGUAUACUAGCAUCUUUGUGCCUUCACUUUUGUCUUUAUUUCUUGGGCUUAAGCGGAUAGAUAUCCAUUAAACCUAUCAAGAUCAAUUUCUCUCCAAGUAUUUCCUUCAUCUCUUUUACUCCAGGUAACAGUAAAAAUGUUUUUACAUGUAACAAAGAUUUUUCUAGUAUGUAAUCCAAUUAUUUUGUCUUCUGAAAUGGUAAUAUGAACAAAUGGUGAUAGUAUAUACUAAAACAGUAAGAUGAUCUUGGGUUUUCCAGAUAAUUUUAUAUUAUUUAGAUAACAAAAUAAAUCAUUUUUGUCUG